AUGAAAGUAACCAUAAAGACGACCCAGCAGAAGGUCUUCCAGAUUGACGUCGAAGAUGAAGAGACAAUAGGUGCUCUCAAGAACAAGAUCCAGGAGGCACAGAGCAAAAUAUUGGCCGACGAUAAGACUGUAGGAUCAUGUGGUAUCAAAGAAAAGGACUUUUUGGUUUUGAUGGUGUCCAAGCCUAAACCGACACCGACGCCUAUGCCCCCGACGGCAUCAUCCAGCGGCCCCACAGCGGGCCGUACUGUACCCCCGACGGCAGUGGCUCCUGUGCCGGAAACGAUGCAGCAGUCUGCUCCUGCUCCUGCUCCUGCUCCUGCUCCUGCUCCUGCUCCUGCUCCCGCUCCUGCUCCCGCUCCAGCACCUGCGACUUCCGCACCGUCCCCGGCCGCCUCCGCCUCCCCCCCUGCCUUUGGCGAUUCGAGCUCUUUUCUUACCGGAGAUGCACUACAAUCUACGAUCAACAGCAUGACUGAGAUGGGAUUUCCACGGGAUCAAGUUCUACGUUGCCUCAGAGCAAGUUACAACAAUCCUGAUCGUGCUGUGGAGUACCUUAUGAGCGGCAUCCCAGCUCAUCUAGAAUCGGAGGCCGCGGGAAAUGCCCCUACUGUGCCUUCCCACUCUGCUGGUACCCCGGCUACUGCUCCGGCGCCAGCCGCCACUCCAGCUGCUUCCGCUCCGCCGUCAAAUCAGCCCCAAAAUUUGUUCCAGCUUGCCCAGCAACAACAGCAAGCUGCUGGUGGAGGCAGCACCGGAGGUCUCGGAGGAGCCCAAGGAGGUCAAUUGGACCUCGCUGCUCUGCAGAACAGCCCUCAGCUUCAACAACUCCGCGAACACAUCGCUCAAAACCCCAACCUCAUUCAACCUCUGAUCCACCAGCUUGCUACGAGUAAUCCUACCCUCGCUCAGCUUCUGGCCCAAAACCCAGAGGCAUUGAUGCAACUGCUUGGCGUUGGUGAGGGCGAUUUUGAGGGUGAUAGCGAGGGCGAUAUUCCACCAGGUGCCCACGUCGUCAGCGUAACGGAGGAGGAAAGAGCUGCAAUCCAGCGUCUGGAGGCUCUCGGUUUCCCUCGUCAAGCUGUCCUCGAAGCUUACUUUGCGUGCGACAAGAAUGAGGAACUUGCGGCGAAUUACUUGUUUGAAGGUGGAUUUGACGAUUAAAUAAUAAUAGCGACGUUGUGUAUUCUUACUUGUCUGUCUCGUUUUCCGAAUUUAUUAAUAUAG